CUCGUGUUAGUAGUUGUGGUCUCUUCGGUCCGUUCGGUAAAAAGCUUGUGCUCCUCUCUUGUGGACUCAAGUGGCAGGAAAAGCUCAGUCGCUCGCGGGCCGCGCUCGAGUGCAGUUCGAGAUCGAUUUAACGCGAGCCUCUCUUUUCUCCUUUUUUUUUUCUUUCUUUCUUUCUAUCUAUCUAUCUAUCUAUCUAUCUAUCUAUCUAUCUAUCUAUCUUUCUUUCUUUCUUUUUUUCUUUCUUUCUCUGUCUCUGUCUGUCCGUUUAUUCGUCCGUCCAUUUAUCCGUUUGUCUCUCUGUCUAUCUGUCUUUCACUCAGUCAAUCUCUCUCUCUCUCUCUCUCUCUCUCUCUCUCUCUCUCUCUCUCUCUCUUUCCCUCCCUCACUCUUUCUUUUUCUCUCUAUCUUUCGUUCAUACCAUUUUAACAUGUGAAAGUUUUCAUUUCGAUCCUUUUUUUUUCCUUCUAUCCUUACUCUUCCUUCUUUUUUUUUUUUAUUUUACCCUUAUAAUCUUCUAUUUAUUUUCUCUUCUUUCGUCACCCCCAUCCCCUCUCCCUUCUCUUUCUCGUUAUAUUCUUCUCAUUCUCGAUCGCACCGUUUACGCGCACGCUCGCAUUUAAGCGAAAUGAGCUGAAGAGAAGAGAAAGAAAAGGUGGAUUAGGAGCACGAAAUAAUUUCCUCUUGUCGGUAUUCAACGAUGCUCGCAAUAAAAGCGCUUAUAGUCGUUCUCCCUGUCAUCGUCGUUGCCAAUCCCCUCUUCGAUGGUGCUCAAGAGAUGUCCUGCUGUUCGCUGGCUGCCGGAUCCUGUCGAAGUGUUUGCUCGAAGAUCCCGCUUGUAACUUUGGGAGCAGAAGCUGAAGCAAGAAAUAAUGCGACUCUACGUCUUUUGGAAUUCUGUUCCAUCGAGUUGACGGACUUUUGGUCCUGCGUCAACUCCACUCUAAAGGAGGCAAAGAAAAAUGAAAAUUGGUCGGGUAGAAGAUGUUGUCAUUUGGCACAAAAUCCAAUAUGUCAGUCGACUUGUGCCCUGUCAGGAUCCAGAAGUAAUUUGAACGAAUCGUGCAGACCUAGCGACGAACCGGAACUUUUCUCUUGUUUGGAAAGACGCGAAGAAGCAGAGCGUUGUUGCAGUACCGUUUCCAAUGACACGUGUAGGUCUGUUUGCAAGGAUUUAUUUCAUAGACCUGGAAAACAAUCGAGUUUGAAAUUGUAUAGCAGCAAGGGUUGCUUUCAUCAAAUACCAAAGUGUCUUAAAACCGUAGCCGAAGUGAGACACGUCGACGAUCCGAAGCAAUAUUUGCAUUGUUGCGACGAAGCGAGGAACGCGGCUUGUUCAGAAACUUGUCGAGAAAUUCUCCAUACAGCAACGACCGAUCAGGAAAUUUUGGAUGCUCUUGCAGAAAAAUGCAGCCCCAUAUUGCCACAUUCGCCGUUGUGGAGUUGCGUAUUGAAGUCGACUCCAACGAAACCUGUACGUUUACCGUUGGACACCGGUAAACUCUCCUGUUGCUCCAGAGCAAAUAGACAACGUUGUCAGAAUCUUUGUUGGAGGGCAUUUCAAGCAGAUUGGGAGACAGCUUGGACUCAACUUGACACGGAAUGUCUCUCUUCAAACUUGGAGAGCGAACUGCGAAGAUGCCUCGACGAAGCUGAUAAUUCUUGUGAAAUGGGAUGCUCUGGUCUUUCUUAUUGCGCACGAUUUAACGACAGACCGACCACUCUGUUCAGGACGUGCACAGCGGCAGCCGACGAUGUUGCCAAGUGGGAGGCAGAUCAUUGGUCUCGAGGUGGUGUCAUUCGAGGACUUGGCGUUACUGUCCGAGUAGCAUCAUCUUGUCCACCAGAAACUUUACGCGCGGCAGCUUGUUUUUUGCAAUUACGACCUUGCGACAUAAGAACACACGAGACGCGACUCUGUCGAGAGGACUGUUUGGAAUUGAUGGCCAGUUGUGUGGACUGGUCUACUAUCGUAGGAUCUCAUACGGCAGCUACUUUAUGUUCGAAGCUUUCACCAGGUAGACCAGAUGCUCCAUGUGUCUCUUUAAAACCUUUCCUUGAAAAUCCACGGGACGACAAUUCUGUGAUUCAUCCGGAUGACGAUAUCACGACACCUUGUAAGAAUAAUCCUUGUCCUCAAGGUCAAGUAUGUAUUUUGACCGUAAACGAGCGAAAAAUUUAUCGUUGCGUGCCCGGUUGUUCUUUGGGAGAAAUGUCGAAACAAGUCGUACCACUUUCCUCCUGGGUUCAAAUUCCAAGAUACGAUCAACACGGUUGUCUCAGGAUAUGUCAGUGCACGUUACUCGGAUUGGAAAAAUGUAGGACUCUGAAUUGCAUCAAUUUCGAUUUCUGUUGGGUACAAGAUCGUUUUAUUCCACCGAGAUUGAACUUUUAUCUUGAGUGUAAUCCUUGCCGUUGUUUCGAGGGUGAGGUCACUUGUUCGAGAAAAACGUGCACGGAGAUCAAGAUACCUUCUUUACCAUGUGAUUGUCCGGCUCAUUACGUACCAGUGUGCGGAAAGUCAGGUUACACUUUUGCAUCGGCGUGUCUAGCUAAGUGUGCUGGUUUCACCGCGAACGAGGUUGACUUUGGUAGAUGUUCUAGCCGAGAUCCUUGCUCGCCAAAUCCUUGUGACGGUACGGAUAAGUGUGUAAGAAGGCGCAGGGUCUGUUUAUCAACGAUUCACAAAUAUUGUCGACAAUACGAGUGUGUACCGAUAGAUUGCGAUCCUCAAGGCGAUAACAGCGGUCCAGUUUGCGACAAAGACAACCAUCAGCAUCACUCGUUUUGUGCUAUGAUACGAGCGGGAGCUAGUCUUGGCUAUAGAUCUCCUUGUCUGAAAGGUUGCAGUCUUCGUGGACCUGUUUGCGGUGUCGACGGUGAAAUAUAUAUCAAUGAGUGUGCCGCUUGGGCAGAGAAAACCGUUGUAGAUUAUUACGGUCCAUGUGUCGCUGUUGGCUUGAUAAGUGAUCAAGUUAAGCCUAGAUGCGGCGACAUCGUUCAAUGUCCACCAUUGAAGGAACCUAAUUGUAUCGGAGUUACGCCACCUGGUGCUUGUUGUCCUGUCUGUGGCGGAGCUGCCAGAUUAUUUUAUUCGAGAAAACAGUUGGAUAAAAUAUAUCACGUGAUGGACGAAAAAAUAGAUAAAGACUUCAUAACAUUGGAUGCACUUUUAACUGCAUUAAGACGACAAGUACAGGUAGCGCAGUGUGCAGUUCGCGGUAUGGUGACUCCCGAAGGUGAUAUUUUUAUUAUAGUACAAUCUGUGCUUGAAAAACCUUCGUCUUUACAAUUGCGAGCUUGCAUAGCGGAAACGGAAAAGCUCGUUGUUAGAAUCACGGAAAGGAGUCCUAAAAUUGCAGCGGAAGUUCCUUUGGGAUCGCUCACUCGAGCAGAAGUGGCACACGCUCAUGUUUCUAUUGCUAACGUUAAUCGUGUUUGGUUUUCAAUAAUAUCUUGCACGAUCGUAUUCAGUAUUUUUGCAUGACCGAUUAGAAACAAAUAAGGAA